AUGGCGACAGCAGCACCAACGGCUAUGACGCCAGAGGCAGCACGAGGGCAGGACAGAAAAAAAAAGGAGGGUGCGGCGGGUGCAAUGCUGCCACGAGAGCGUGUGGGAGUGGUUGCUGGCAGGCGCAAUUGGUCCAAGGCGUCCAGAUGGUGGGAUUUGCGAUCGGCACGACGGAGAGAGGGACUGCGGCACUCAGGCGUCAAGCGAGGCGUCGUGGCGGGCGCUCGAGCAAGAGGUGGACCGGCUGGGCCGACUCGCUGGACGAAGAGGAGGGUGGCGUGGAGCUGCCGUGGUACACACGACGAGUUGACGUCUUGCUAG